GCGUACUGGCUCGUCAACCGGCCCCCGCCAGGAGCCCCUAACGUGCUGGAGCAGGGUCCCGAGCGCAGGAACUGCCACACCACCCGUGUCCAGCUGACCAAGAACAUGGAUUACUACAAGCGAGAGAUCGAGUACUGCAGGAAGGCCAUGGCCAGGACCAGGGUGAAGUCUUCCAUCUGCCUUGAGGGGUACAUCAAGUUCAACGAGCAGUAUGUGCCCCACGACCCCAUCAUGUCCGGCUGCCUGCCCAGCAACCCCUGGAUCACGGACGACACCACGUACUGGGCCAUGAAUGCCCCCACAGUGACGACCCCCACGAAACUGCGUGUGGAGCGCUGGGGCUUCAACUUCAGUGAGCUCAUCAACGACCCCCUGGGCCGGGCACAGCUCCUCGAAUUCCUCAAGAAGGAGUUCAGUGCUGAGAACCUGAGCUUCUGGGAGGCGUGUGAGGAGCUGCGCUACGGGGAGCAGUCCCGCAUCGCCGAGAUCGUGGACUCCAUCUACCAGCAGUUCCUGGCUCCCGGGGCCACGCGCUGGGUGAACAUCGACAGCAAAACGAUGGAGCGAACACUGGAGGGCAUCAAGACGCCCCAUCGCUACGUGAUGGACGAUGCCCAGAUGCACAUCUACAUGCUGAUGAAGAAGGACUCCUACCCACGGUUCCUCAAGUCGGACCUCUACAAGAACCUCCUGGCCGAGGCCAUCAUUCCCCCGGAGACCAAGAAGCGGGUCUUCCCCUUCAUGCGCAAACAGCGGCACUCCAGCCCCAGCCCGGCGCUGCUGCUGCCCGCGGGCGAUGCCGAGGAGAGGAGCAGGAGCCCUUCCACUGCAGCCGUCCCCGAGGAGGAGAGCUGAGAGCCGCAGCCUAACCCCUAACCCUAACCCAGC